AUGUCAGUGCGGGUAGGGCACCACGGCAUGUUUGUUAAUCUGGUAAAAGAGAAGAAUGGCUCACCAUGUCGCUAUUGCUUCAGCUCCAUGGUGGAUGAAAUGAGAUGGAGGGGAUGUGCCGGACUUUAUCAAAAUCUUGCACCUGUACUCCGUCUAAAUUCUUGUGUCAUAACACCGAGUUUUAGUUCUUGGAGAGCUGCGAUAGAUUUCAGCCCUUCAUUGCCAUGGCCAUUCAAGGUUGAGACCUUCGCGUUGAGGAAACCCAUGGGUAGUACAUACCAUUUCAGAUCCACUAUGAUUCUUUGCCAAGAAGGGAAAGGGAUGUAUACUGUUCUGGGAUAUUUCGAGAGUCGUACAUUCCGCAGGAAGCAAGAGGAAGUUGAGAAAAAAUUAGUACCAAAGGAGACUGGUACAAAGAAACCAUGCCGAGUCUGGCAUUUACAUUCUCAACUUUACCGGCUUGUUGCUCCCUAUGCUUAUGGAGCUGUAUACAAUCACCCACUGGAGGACCUUAUGGUUGAUACGGCUGGCGGGGGCUUAGCUGUUCUCCUCUCAUGCAUGUCCCUCCUAGAACCUCCAUUUUCUUCUUUUCCUUCGCCACUGUUGAUGAAGGUUGAUUUGAGAGAGGAUCCAUUGCCGCAGUUUUGCAAAACUGCUCUUGUACCAGAGCCGUUUACGCUUUACACGGUUAGCGGAACAUUGGCUGUUUCUGUCUGGCAUGUGAUGUCUUCCCGAACCUCUAUGUUUAUCAUAUCCUUUGCCACCAUAAAAACAGUGGAUGACCACUGCAGGUUUUGGCUGACUGGGAACCUUUUUGACUUCUUCUUUCAGAACAAUACAGCCUGUCAUUAUAUCCACCAUCAACUUUACGGUAGCAAAUACAACUUUUCAGGACCAUUUUUCAACAUGAUGGUUAUAAUUUUUGGAACCUAUAUGCCUUAUUCAUAUGAGAAGAAAGCGGGAGCUAGGUUGCUUCGAAGUAAGGCUAUCAAAGAGAAGAGAGAUGAUUAA